AUGCUUUACCUCCUGCUCCUAAUCGUCUUUUCAGUAACUACUGGGGGUAAUUCUGUUGGUCGUUGGGACUGGAAUAGAGUUAAUAAGACAGCUGUAACCACAGCUCCCUUUGGAGGAGGAGCUUUUGGCCGAUUAACUACAGCAGAUGCUGAUAUGAUCUCAAAUGAACCUCCUCAGUCUCCUUACUUCUCUGACUGGAAUCGACUAGUGAGUGGUUAUGGUUCUCAGCGCUGCUACAAGAUACCGAAGGAAUUGAAGUUGUGUCACAACAUUGGGUACGAUCUCAUGGUAUUACCGAACAGCCUGGAGCAUGAGGCGAUGGAUGAAGUGAUAACUCAGUCAGAAGUCUGGUUAACUUUGGUUAACUUAGGUUGUCAUGAUGAACUGGAGAGAUUUCUCUGUUCUCUCUACGCACCAGUAUGCAUUAGAGGCUAUCACGAGAAGUUAAUUCAACCAUGCAGAGAACUCUGUGAGAGUGUUAGGGCCGCAUGUCUGCCCACAAUGACAACGUUCGGACUUGGUUGGCCCGAUAUUGUCAAAUGCUCAAAAUUUCCUCAAGCCCCUCAAGAGUUGUGCAUUCCUCCUAACAAGCAAAGGAAAACUCGUUGCUCUGGAUGUGUUGAUAAACCCACCUACGAAAGUGCGAUCGGGAGCUUUUGCACAGCCGAUGUCGUCAUUAGAACUAAGGUUUUGGACCUAAUACGGUUGCCAUCGUCAAGUGGACAGAACGCGACUUAUAGAAUUCGAACUGAUGGUCGUGGUGGAGCUUUUAAAAUGCCCAAAAAUGUGAAUCAGGAAGCGAAUCUGGAGUUUCGAAUGACCUGUGAUUGUCCAGUCAUCAAAGCGGCCAUGACUAGAUCAAAAGGACCUGGGAGGUGGCUCUUAAUGGGAAAAUUGAAUGAGGAUGGAAGAAGUGUCACGGUUUUACAUUUAUCCCAGCCAUCAAGACAAAAUAUAGGAAUUAAACGAGCGAUCAAGGAAAUGCGUCGCCAACCGGAUAGCCUUUGUAAAGUUGACCUGACGCGUUCAAGUCCUACGGUUCACCCGAGAACGGUCGCUGGUAGAACUGUAGCAAAUGGUGCUCAAGUUUCCCAACAACAGAAGAAACAGUACCAGCAAUCUCAGUCUCGACGAAACGGUUCAAAUCUUUCUAAAGAAGAGCGGAGACGUCGUCGGGAGCUAAGGCGUAAAAGAAACGAGGCCGGUGCUCAGCAACAGCAGCAUCCCUCUAAUGCGCCACCAUCAAACCCUAAUUCUAAAGAGCUGCAGCAGCCAGUUAAUGAUAUGCCGCUAAGUGUCCACACCCAACAUCCCUAUUAUCAACACUAUCAACAACGAAUGGGCUAUCAGCAAAUGAACCACUGA